GUGCAGAUCAGAAAAGGAUGCAGGAAAUUCUGUUUACACAUGUGUCUGUAGCACUGAGCAGCAAGAGCAGCCCAGCGAGCCCAGAGGGUGUGAAAUUAGAUUAAGAAUUGAAACAUGAAUCUAGACUCUGUCCAUAAAUUAUCUGACAAGACACAGGUUUUCAGGACCCAACAAAGACAAUCUGAUGAACUAGCUGAAGGUAGCAAAGCAACAGGUAACCUCUGUAACUCAAGUUUACCAUCUCAACGGCUCCAUCCAUACUCCUCUCAUCAUCCUUGUUUGCAAAUUAGUAACAACAAUGACUGGGAGAUUUCUGAAGAGCUCCGACUUCGGGAGCUGGAAGAAGUUAAGGCUAGAGCGGCCCAAAUGGAGAAGACCAUGCGCUGGUGGUCAGACUGCACAGCCAACUGGCGGGAGAAAUGGAGCAAAGUUAGAGCAGAAAGGAAUAAAGCCCGGGAGGAAGGGAGACAAUUGAGAAUCAAACUGGAGACCACAAUGAAGGAACUGAAUGCACUGAAAAAGCUAAACCAAGACUUACUAAUUGAAAAGGAAGAGUGGGAAACUGAAGUCACUUGGAAAAAGAAACCCAAUUUCUCAGAGAUGUCCUGUAUGACAGAAAAGGAGUACCCGUUUGUGUGUCUGGAACAAGAACCUGUUAAAGAUGUGAUCAAGAACAAGAUCCUUGCGGUACAAGAAACACAUAAGGAGGUAGAGACAACUGAAAACACAUUAAGAAAGAACCAAGGUACGAGAUUCAAUCUGAGCCUUCCUGACUCCUUUGCUCCUGACAUCAGUUGGGAAAAGCCUAGACAAAGGCUCGACAACAUAGUCCAUCCUCAAGGGAAUGAAUUAAUGCAUGUUUCUGCUUUGCAUUUGCAAUUGGAUGAGUCACAGAAAGUCUUACAGAAGGAAAGAGAAAUGCAUUUUUCCCUGGAAAAAGAAGUCGAGAAGCUGCGCUCUGAUCUCUCUCAGUGGAAAUGGAAAUAUGAAGAAAUGCAACAGUCCAAGCUGGAGAGCCUGAAACAGCUGAACAUACUACAUGACCUACACCAAAAUGAAGUGGAAAGGAAUUUUGAAAAUAUAGAGGAUGAAACUAGUGCCCGAAGCAAUAUAGACAGAAAGAUGUGUGAAUUAAGAGCAGAGCUGGAGAGACUACAGUCUGAGAAUACCUUUGAGUGGGGAAAGAGAGAGAUAUUUGAAACAGAAAAGCAAAGUCUGGAAAGAGAGAAUAGAAGGUGGAAGACCCAGGUGAAAGAAAUUCAGGACCUUCUGGAUAAGAGAAAUAAACUGCUAUCAAGUAACUUGGGUUCUGAUUUCAAGACAGCACAAGGUGAACUACUGGAAAAAAAUAAGGAGCUCAUUGAGCUGCAGCAUGCACACCACAAGCUAAACAAGCAGUUUCAUGAUAAAGUGGCGGAACUGAUGCAUGCAAACAAAAGAGUGGAACAACACGAGGCUGAGGUUAAGAAGCUGAGAAGUCGUGUGGAAGACCUAAAAAGAGGGCAAAACCAGGCAGAGGAUAAGCUUGAUGAUUCACUAAACCAGAUUCGAAAGCUACAGCGAUCUCUGGAUGAGCAGACAGAGGCAAAUGACAGUUUACAGAUUCAGCUUAAUCAUUUGAAAAGCAGGUUAAAGAGACAGCAGAAAGUGAGCUCUGGAUUUGGGAUCAAGCAAAGUUCCACGUAUGAUGCUGGCGACUCCACGGAGACAGUGAGCAAAGAUGAGGGGAGCCAGCAUGCUUCAUAAAACAGCCCUACAGUGACAAGACUAACACUGGUUUCAGAGGAACAGCCGUGUUAGUCUGUAUUCGCAAAAAGAAAAGGAGUACUUGUGGCACCUUAGAGACUAACCAAUUUAUUUGAGCAUGAGCUUUCGUGAGCUACAGCUCACUUCAUCAGAUGUGACUAACACUGAUCAUUAGGAACAGAGGAAAACUGAUAAAGAUUUAGAGGAAAGAGACACCUCUGAAACACAUGGCAGAUCUGUACAAAGAAAUAUGACAUGCAUUAUUUCUAAUAUAGUAUUCAGGACUCAUAUUCAUAUUACAUUAGACUCGCAGGAAAUGUACUUGCUUCGAUGUGUACCAAAUCUGAAUUGGAGUUUGCAGUCGUGCAUUUUUCAUUCUCAGCUCUCUUGACUGCUGUCUCUUAAAGCAAAAAUCUGAUUUUAUUUACUGUGGCAAUGUCCUAGUUUAUCAUCAGACAAACUGAAUUCAAAACACACAAGGUGAAGGCUAUCUGGUUCAAAUUUAGUAUUGUCCAGAGGACAAGGCAAUGAACUGGGAACCAGGAGACUUAAAUUCUAAUCCAUGCUUUGAUGCUGACCUUUUCUGUAAAUUUGGGCAAGUCACUUUGCUCCUCCGUGCCUCAGUUUCCCCACCUAUAUAAUGUUAGAAGUGCAUACAUUCCUUCAUAAAUGUAUUUGAGGUCUAUAGGAAAAAGCCUUAUAAAUAUUAAUAUUCAUUUAGAUUUCAAAUCACCCCUCCUCUUUUAUUUUUCCUGCUCUUGCCCCAGCCUCUCCCCCCACAUACAAGUGCAUGCAUACAAACAUGUACAUAUCAGCUUAUUUUAAGGGCUUAACUGUGCUUUUGUUUAAAUAUCUGUUUUAUUAAUUCUGCGUGUUUAAGUAUUUAAAUCAUGUUUACGUAUCAGUAGCUUUCUUAUGUGAAGUAGCACUCUAAGCAUUAGGACUUUCAAAAUGACAAAUUUUGAAAGCUUUGAAAUACCAUUCUCUUCAAAUGUUAAAAAAUGAUGUGUAAGACCAGCAUUUCUCAGCCACUGGGUCAGGGAUAUUCUCUAACAGGGUCAAUAGCAACUGCCCUGGGGUCAUUAAUAGGAAUAUGAAAAAAAACCUACAAAUUUUGGUUCAUAGGGAUUCUAUAGACCUAAUAUGACAGUUCUGCAGUCCCUUAAUUACAGUGUGAUGCUGUGUCCGUAUGAGCCUGAAACUCCAAGAGGAAUUCUUAGUUUCCUAUUGAAACCAACAAGUCUUGCCACCCUAACUCCACUAGCACAUUAGAUGCCCCUCCUCAUUUUCCUUACAGUGGCCUACAAUCCUUCUCCCUUUCCCAUGUCUACAUGGGCACCUGCCUGGCCUGCUCCCCGUAACUGCUGUCUUUGGGGAGUUGUGGGGAAUAGUAAGAUUGUCUGCUGUCCUUUCUCAGACAUCCAUAGCUGGUGCCCAUGUUCUCCCAUGGGGUGGAGGAAUACAUUGAUUGAGACAGGUAGUUUUUAAACACAAUUUCAAAUUUGUGGGAAUUAAGAUUUUAAGAAUGUUAAAAAUAGUGAUUUUGCUUUUUUGUCCAAACUGUCUUUCCUCCUGUCCUCCCAAAGCAGACUUCCUCACUGUUUUGUUGCCUAGACCUCUUCAUAUUUUGAUUCAGAAUACCCUUUUCACUCUUACAAGCACAGAAGGAAAGAAGCGAACCAUAGCAGAUAAAUUCCGUGUUUUCUGUUUAUGUACAUAGGCCUAUCGCCAUUAGAUGAGCAUUGUGUUACAAAUAAUAUUGAUCAGAUUUUAAAAUAUUUUCUCAGUUUAAAUUAGCCAUCAGAUAAUUCCAUGUUCUUCUAUCUUUUCCACAUUUAAUGGCCUGAAUUCCAUAUUAGAUUUCAGAAGAGAGAGAGCUUUCAAAACACUAAAACUGCAACUGUCAUUUACUUGACGUGGCUUUUCCUUAGUAACUUCUUCAUGUGCAGCUACAUAUAAUACACGCUGGUGUACGCACUCUCGCGCUUGCUUGCUCUCUCUCACUGUCACAGCAGCAAUAAACUUCUGUAAGGCUAUCCACCAAGAAACCUGCUGGUGUCUACAGGAAUUAUGCCACACAAACAGCCUGCUUUUUGUUCUAUUCCUGCCUCUUACCCACUCCCAGUUUCUCCAAAUACCCAUGGAUAUUCAAAGGCCCAGACUUUGUGGGGAGAGAUGUGGCAAAUUGUUUCCAUUCUUCCCUUUUUGCAUUAUUUCAAGGGUUUCUCCAUCAUUUUUACUUGGAUUUCUGUAUCUCCAUGCCUCUUAGAGAAGGAGAGCAGAUGUCUCAAAAAGCCAAUUGUUUUGCUGCCACAUUUUAAAACUAGAAUGGGUAAAGCUUAGAAAAUUUAGAGAACAAUUAAUCAUGCAUUGGCAAAGGGAUAGUCUUUUCCAUCUGGAUUUUUCAAUUUGUGAUUGAGAAUCUGAAGAUUAAAAAUAAUAGAAAUUUAAAAAAUUGCAAGUGAAAUUGAGUUUCCAUCCAGUAAACAUUAUUCUGUACACUAUAUUUUUCUUGCUGGAAAACUACUGUGGACAACUCACCACAAAAUUAAAACAUCACCGACUGUUCAAUACUCUGUUCUGAUCUUACUCAUUCUUCAGAUGUUGUGAAUAAAUGAAGACCACUUCUUGAGUCCCCCUAAAACUCCAGUUACUGCAGCUCAAUGAGAAUCUUUGUGUCUACUCAACUAAAUUCAUCACAGUCCUAAGUGUAAUGCAGCCAUAGUGAAAAUGUCAAUAUGCAAAAUUUAA